AGAAAUCGGCCAAGAGAAUAUCCCCACUGUGAAAACAUGGCGACUCAAUGAGAGACAUUACGGAGCUCUCACUGGACUCAACAAGGCAGAAACUGCUGCCAAACAUGGAGAAGCACAGGUGCAAAUUUGGCGACGUAGUUAUGACAUUCCUCCUCCACCAAUGGAAGAAGACCAUCCCUAUUACAAGCUCAUUGUGGAAGAUGAGCGUUACAAAGCUGAGCCUCCAAGGGCUGAGUUCCCCAUGUUUGAAUCACUGAAACUGACCAUUGAGAGGACAUUGCCAUUUUGGAAUGAUGUGAUCUGUCCUGAGAUCAAG